AUGACAAAUGCUGUAUCAGCAAUGGCUACAAAAGUAGAUGGAAUUACCUUUGCUGCUAUCUCAAGUUUAUCCUAUUUAUAUCGUCUAUUGUCAUGCACUUCUGAGCAUAAUCAACUUACCUUUGCUCGCUAUACUCGUGCAACGAAACCCAGAGGUAGAGGAAUCAUAACCAAAAACGCUGAUCAGGGCUGUCUUGUCAGAAUAAAAUCUCAACUCGCGAUAUAUGUAAUUGGAGUUCACCCCCUCGCUCGUAAAGUGAUGCAGGCAUUACAGCAAAAAUGGAUAUUUUUAUUGUGGCGUCGCUUGCGUCCGGCCAUUAGACGAACAUCGUGA